AUGGAGGCGACGGCCCCGGACGUGGCGUGGCACGACAGCGCGGAGUGCAUGUCGUGCGGCGGCGCAGGGUGCGGCCUUUGUUGCUUCCUGCGGGGGCAGUUGUGCGCAACCUUCAAGCUUGGUCAUGGCAAGGCCCGGUAUUUGCACGAGGUGCACUCCGCGGAUAACAGGGAGACCUUCGAGGGCCCGAAGGGCACGCUGGAACUGAAGAGCUCUAGCGUGUUGGCCAGAUGGACGCCGUACCGCGUGGUUCUGGACCGUGAGAAGCUGAGCAGGUUCGCGAUCAGCCCAGAGGGGGCCCCAGAGGAGCUGCCUGAGGCCGUCAUCUCCGCUUCCGACGCGUCCAGGCUGGAGCUGCGGGGCGCCAAGGACGGCAAGCGGCGCGUGCUCUGCACAUCACUCUGGCAGAAAAGGUGCUGCGCCUGCGGUGCGAAGGUGGCGGGCGUGGAUGCACUCGGGGAGGGCGAGGUGCAAAGGUGGAAGGCACUUGGUGUCGCAGGCCUGCAGGAUCAGCUGGCGCCAGCACAGUCUCGAGAGUCGCCUUACUCCGAGGGAAGGCCACGGCGCGCGGGCGCCUCCGAGGGCCGAGGCGCCCUGCUGCAGCAGGGGCGGCUCUGGAGGCCCCUCAAGAAGAUUGAGUUCAUGAGGGCGCAGAGCCCCGCCGCCGGCCCGCGCCGCGCGCCGGCGGCCGCGGGCCUGCAGCGGGUAGUUGGCAUAGCGGAGCUCACGGACAUCGAGGGUGGGUACGAUGUUGCUUGGUUUUCCCUUGCGACUCUUAGCCUUACGGAUGCCGCCUGCGAGCAGCACAACGGGUGCGAGCAGCACGAGAGCGAUUCGGAAGAGUGCGAGCUGGACUGCGAGCAGCACGAGACGGGCACUGAAGAGCACGAGCAAUGUUGCGGUCAGACGGUGAAGACGCUGAAGGGCCACGAGGAAUUCGAGCAGCCCUGCGGUCAGACCACGAGGACUCCGACGGGCACGCUCGGGGGCGACGUCGAGAACGAGCAGGCGUGCGGGCCGACGCCGCCGACGCUGGAGAGCACGCUGGAGAGCAGCGACGAACGCCACGAGCCGACUGCGCUGCGAAGGGCGCACCUGGCUGCAGAGGCGGAGGGUUCGGUGCACGACGGCGCGCAGAGGAUCGGUCAGUCCGGCAGCUUCCGUGGGCGCGCGAUGGCGGCGCUACGCUUUGGGAGCCCGGCGGAGGUCGUCGAGGGCGGGCCGUACCUCGUCCUCCUCAGCUUCGCCACGGAGGGCGUCAAGGAAUUUGGCGUCGACGGCGCGCUGUCGGCCUUGCGGGCGUCGGCUACGCUCGCGCAGGAGUUGGGCGGGGCAUGUGUCCAGAUGGGUCGGCGGCGGGAGGCCAGAAGCUCCGUCGGGGACUGCGUCCGUUUCUCGAGGAUCGCUUCCUCGGUCGGCGACAAGACGCACGCGCUCUUCCCCCCAGAGGCGGAGCAGCCCGCCCAGAAGGCGCGGUUCCUAGUGAGUUGGCCGCUUGCGCCAGUGGCGCCCGGGUCCGUUCUGCCACAGGCCGCGUGCGGCUGCGAGCUGCGCGCGGCGCCGGGGGAGCAGGGCCCGCGCCUCCGCCCCGGCUGCGAGGGCGACCCCGGCUCCGACGACCCGGCGGAGGCCCCCGCGGCAGGGCGCAGGCACGCGGCCCCCUCGGCGCCGUUCCGGGCGCUGCUCAGCGGCGUCUUCGGGGGCAGGUACGAGCCGGGCGGGUACCUGGGCCGCGGCGCGUCCGCCACCGUGUGGGAGGCCGUACAUGCCGACUCCCAGAGGCGCGUGGCCGUGAAGUGCUUCGAGAGGAACGGGCAGGACUCGAAGAAGCAGGCCCUGCGGGAGAUGCGGGUGCUCUCCAAGAUCCGGCACCCGCGGGUGCUGGAGGCCUACGAGGUGAUCGAGACCUCCUCCUCCGCGCACCUCGUCUGCGAGCACGUCGACGGCGAGUCCCUGCGCGCCCUCGUCCGCCGGCAGCCCGGCGCCAGGCUCUGCGAGGACCGAGCACGCGGGAUAUACGAGCAGAUUGUGGAGGGCGUGAGCUACUGCCACGACAGGCUUGUGGUGCACCGCGACCUCAAGAUGGAGAACGUCUUGCUCGACCGCCGCCGUAGGUCGGCGAAGAUCAUCGACUUCGGCUUCGCGGCGCAGGUGGCCUCCCGCGCCGCGAAGCUGCGGACGUUCUGCGGCACCCCGUCGUACAUGGCGCCGGAGAUCGUGCGCGGGGAGUUGUACUCUGGCUUCGCGGCGGACAUGUGGGCGCUGGGCGUCUUGCUCUUUGCGCUGCUGGUGGGCAGCAUGCCGUUCACCGCGCGCACGGAGGUUCAGCUGUACGCGAAGAUUCGGAGAGGCGGCUUCGCUGUACCCGAGUCCCUGGCGGUGCUGCCAAGCCGCAUCGUGAAGGCGGCCAUGCGCCCCGACCCGGCCUCGCGACCCUCCGCCGCCGCGGUGCUGCGGCACAGCUGGCUGGCCGGCGCGGGCGCAGAAGCCGCGGCCGGCGCGGCCGCCUCCAGCAGCCCCACCGCCGCCUCGCCCGCGGCCUCCGCGGCGGCCUCGCCCGCGGCCUCUGCGGCGGCGGCCUCCAGCAGCCGCGCCGGCAGCGCCCAGCAGUCGCGGGAGCCCUCCGGCAGCCCCGCCGCGGUUUCUCCAGGUACAGCGCCGCAUUGGGCCAGCCGUGUGCUCUUGUCAUCUAUGUCGUAA